AUGUACUUUUCUCUCCAGCAAACAAGAGACUUCACAAACAGCUUCUUAUCCAAGCUGGCAGACGUCCCGAUAGAGCUCCUCUCCCACAUUGACAUCUUCAUCAUCCCCGACUUCGUCUCCCUGACCACCACAAUCGCCCAGCUUAAGUCCAGCUCCGUUGCCAUUUGGACCGGCGCUCAAGACUGCCACUGGGAAGACCAAGGCGCAUUCACCGGCGAAGUCAGCCCCUCCGUGUUGCGCAGCGCAGGCGUCAAGCUCGUGGAAGUCGGACAUGCAGAGCGCAGGAGCAUCUUUGGCGAGGACGACACCAUGGUUGCGAAUAAGGCUGCCGCUGUAAGUCGCAAUGGCAUGAUACCGCUUGUGUGCAUUGGAGAAAAGACUCAAGGCGACGUGCAUAUCGCGGUUGAGGAGUGUCGGGUGCAGGUUGAUGCUGUCAUGAAUGCUGUGCCCGCCGAGGCAGAGGUCAUUUUGGCGUAUGAGCCUGUAUGGGCGAUUGGUGCCAGUCAACCUGCUGGAGAGAAGCACAUCCUCGAUGUUGUUGCUGGGAUCAGAGGGUUGGAGUCCGUUGGGAGGAGGGCGGGGACGACGAGGGUUUUGUAUGGGGGGAGUGCCGGGCCGGGGCUCUACGAGAAGUUGAAGAGCGGACUGGACGGAUUGUUCCUGGGGCGGUUCGGACACGAUCCGGAGCAGUUUGUCAAGACGAUACAGGAAGUAGCUGAAGCGUGA